AUGAUCCAAGACAGGCUUAAGAUUGCCAAGCUGCGCGCCGGCGACAUGACCCCCGACGUAAUGCUGGGCCGCCAGACCCUCCUCAAUUGCGCCGCGUUCCACGGCAUGGGCACGGGCUGCGACGGCGGCGACGCCAUCGACGUGUUCCACUACAUGGCCAAGUUUGGCCUUCCCGACGAGAGCUGCCUGCACUACGCCGCCACAGACCAGUCGGCCUUCAAGGAGAAGGGCAUGGAGCGCUGCCCCGCCGACAAGUUCUGCGUCAAGUGA